AGUUGCGUCAUCAUUGUAUCCGGGUCAAAGUUCAUGUUGACAUGUCCGUUAGCUCUUCGGCUAACAAAUGGCUGAGUUGGACAUUGGAAAACAUUGUCAGAUCGAGUCCUGCAAUCUCAAAGAUUUCCUUCCUUUUGUUUGUGAUUCCUGCCAUGGUGUUUUCUGUUUGGACCACAGAAGCAGAGAGUCUCACUCAUGCUCAGAGGAGCCUGUGAAAAAGGAUAUCCAGAGUGUUGGUGGCACGAAAAGUUAUCCAUGCUCAUUUGAAGACUGCAAGGGAAAAGAACUGCUGCCAGUUAUAUGUCCACAGUGUGAGAAACAUUUCUGUUUGGUCCACCGCCAUCAAGAUGAUCACAAGUGUGAAAAGUUGGAAGUCCAAAAGCCUCGAAUGGCUGCCACCAAAGAGUUGGUCCAAAAGAUUGUAGAGUCAAAGGAUCGAUCCAAAAGUAAAGGGCGCAGAGGAGCAAAGAACAGUGCGACUGCGGCUAAAGUAGCACUCAUGAAACUCAAGCUGCACGCUGCUGGAGACAAAGGCCUGCCACAGACCGAGAGAACGUAUUUUCAGGUGUAUCUUCCAAAAGGAUCUAAAGACUCCAGCCAGCCCAUGUUCUUCUGUUCCAAAUGGAGCGUGGGAAAAAUCGUGGAUUACGCAGCUUCACUCGCCAGCCUCAAGAACAACAACAACGUCUUGACUGCUAAGAAGCUGAGGUUAUGCCAUCCUCAGACAGGCGACGCUUUCCGGAUGGACGAUACUCUCCUCUCCCUGCUCGCUCACCCAGAGACUCCCCUAUAUAAUGGGGGUAAUGUAGUCCUGGAGUACCUGGACAACGACUGCACGGCCCUAGAGGAUGUUUCUGACUAUGUUACGCAGACCUGACCUGUAGAAACCAAUAGUUAAAUAACAGUUUACAGCUGGUGUGAGCAACUGCAGCCACUGUUUCUCUUCUUUGUAAUGCACUGUUGAAGCAAGAAAGAAUGCACAUGUACCACAUAUGGACCCAAUAAAUUGCA